AUGAAUGCUUGGGGAUUGGAUCAAAAUCUAACGAUUUCCAAUGCUAUUCAAUUAGGUAGGUUAAUGAACUAUAGUGAUGUGAAUUUUACUCAAAUAGUUACUAUCAAGAAAGCUUUACAAUUGGCAAUGGAGAAAGAUGAUGGUAAUAAAGACAUUAUUGAGACCUUCUUGAGUGCUUGCGAUGGUGAUAUGGUUACUUUAGAGAAUGGUUUGAGGAAUCAUAAAGACAUUAUUAACAGUUUAUACCCAGUAGAAUCCAAAGGGUGUACAUUGCUAAUCUUUGCUAUUUGUUUUGAUCAUUCAGAAUUAGUUGAAAGUCUAAUCAAUCAUGGUUGUGAUGUUGAUACUCCAGAUACGAUUAUAAAUUAUACUCCUAUUAUGUGGGCCGUUUACUUCAAUCAACUAGAUAUCGUUAAAAUCUUAUUGAAUAAUCAAGCAGAUCCUUUCUUAUGCCCUAAAGAUGAUGGGAAGAAUGCUGUAAGCAUUUUAAAUCAUGAAAAUGUGGAAAUGACGGAAUUCUUCAGAUCCCAUAACUUAUUGAAUAAAUCCUUUGACCAAAGUGAUUAUUUCCAAGAUAAUAGUUUCCAAGGAGAACAAGAAAUCGAUGAAUUAUCCAAUAAGAUCAAAUUACAAACUAUUGAUGUUAAUGCAUAUGAAGAAGAAAAAGAUUAUAAUAAAGAAUUGGAUGAAUUUUAUGAAGAGCAAGAGUUAGGAAGAGAUCAUUUAUUAGUUCAGUUGAAAGAAUUCGAAUAUGAUAAAGUUUUACCUGAUGAAUGUAUAAAAUUCACCGAUAGUGAUAUUCCAACAUUAUUGGAUUUUAUAUUCAAUUUAAGAGUAAAUAAUGUCAAACAUCAGCAUGAUACUAAAAUCCCAGCAGCCAUAAUAUUCCAAUUGAUAAGAUAUUCUCAUUUCAAAGUUGAUAGUGAAGAUUUAACUAAUUUUACCUUUGAUUGUUUUAUUAUUAGAUUAAGAACAGUUACCAAUACUAAAUCAGGAGUGUUCAAUAUGAUAAUUCAAGAUGAUCCUGAUUCAAUUGGAGGUGCUGGAGAUAUUGUUUUAUUAAGUUAUUGGUUAUCUGUGAUACAAUUCUUACAUUUCUAUUUUUGUAAGAAUGAUAUUUAUAAGAUUUAUCCUAAAUUCUUACAAGAAUUGAUCAAUGUCAUUCAAUCAUUAAUUUCAACAUUAUCAUUUUCUAUCAAUUCCAGAUUGAAUAUUUUGGUGGAUGAUUGUAUUUUGAACUUCACCAAUUUAGUGGAUGUUUCUAAUGUUUUAUAUGCUAAAGAUUGGAACUUUUUCAAAUCUAAGAAACAACAUUCUAAUUCAUUUGAUGAUAUUUAUGAUAUGUUAUACCCUCCAAGUCAAAUAGAAUUAAUGAAACCUUCACCUUUGAAAUAUAUUCAAACUUUGGGAGCUUUAGAUUAUGUUCUUAAUUUGCAUUCAGUUGAUUAUUUGACCAGAUUCCAAUGCUUUUCUCAAGUAUUCUAUUACAUCGAUUCCAUCAUAUUCAAUAAAGUUAUUGGAAAUUCAAAGUAUUGUUCAAGAUCUAAAGGAAUUCAAAUUAGGUUGAAUAUUUCAGCUAUCGAAGAUUGGUUAAGAUCUCAUAAUUAUAAAAUUUUCAAACCCGAUACUAUUGGGAAUUUGAAACUGUUAGUACCUGAGAAUUUUACAUUACAGCAUUUAUUAGACGAUGGUGGUAAAUUAAAUAAAAGAAAUCCCCAUAAUCUAAUCUUCUAUUAUAAUUCAAUUUAUUUCAUAGGGAAAACUCAAUUACAACCAACAAUUGAACUUUUACAAUUCUUACAAUGUAUGAGUUCAUUAAAUGAUGAAGAAAGUUUCAUAAAUACCAUCAAUCAAUUCGAUUAUUUGAAUUAUUAUCAAAUACUUAAGAUAACUAAGAAUUAUAAAUAUGAAAUCAAUGAAACCAAAUUACCAAAAUUAAUCAUCAACUUGGUGAAGAAAUUAAUCUCUGAACAAGGAGAGAAUCAAAUCAAACUUAUAAAUCUAGAUUAUAUGAUCCAAAACAAAUUAUUAUCCAAGGAGUAUAAUAUUUAUAUAAAUCCAAAUUUUAUUUAUAAAGUUUCAUUACCUAAUUUACCUGAACUAAUAAAUAAUUAUGGUUCAGGUUUAGGAGGUGUUAGAGUUUUAAGAGCUAAAAAAUAUCAACCCUCAUUACCAAUUGAUGUUCUAGAUGAUAUUGAUGAUUUGUUAUCCAAGAACAAGAAUGAUUUAAAUGAUACUUAUGAUUAUGAUCAAGAUAAAGAAGAAGAAAGUGAUGACGAGGAUGAAAAGCAUGAAGCUAAAGACUUCAAAGGUGACGAGUUAUUCAAACCUGUUCAAUUACCAAGUUCUUUGGCUUAUAAGAAUUGGGGGGACAAUGAUAUUGAAGAUAAUCCAUGGUAG